AUGGUGCGCCCCGGCGGGCUGUGCCGCCCGCUGCUGCUGCUGCUGCUGCUGCAGGGCUCCCUCCUCCUGCUGGCCACAGCCUCGCACGCCCGCGCCGCCGCCUGCCCGCUCCGCAGAAAGGUGGUCUUUGCUUUGAAUCAGACUCUCUUGCAGCAGGAGAGCCUCCGAGCAGGCAGUUUCCAGAUCCCCUAUACGACAGAAGACCUUAUCAAGCAUUACAACUGUGGGGACCUCAGCUCCAUCAUCUUCAACCAUGACACUUCUCAAGUCCCAAAUUUCAUUAAUGCUACACUUCCAGCCCAUGAACGCAUUACUGCCCAAGAAAUAGACAGCUACUUCCGGCAGGAACUCAUCUACAAACGAAAUGAGCGAAUGGGCAGGAGGGUGAAGGACCUGCUGGAAGAGCACCCAGACAAGAGUUUCUUCUUUGCAUUUGGAGCUGGUCAUUUCAUGGGCAACAACACAGUGAUUGAUGUUUUGAGGAGAGAAGGGUAUGAAGUAGAACACACUCCAGCUGGACAAGCCAUCAACAACCAAAAAUCUCCCAAAACCUUGUUAGCCUUUUCAUCACCACACAGUCCCUAUGUCAUGUCCCAUGAGCUCCCACUACACCCCCAGAAGGAGGAGGAAGAGGAGGAGGGAGAGUUCUUGCCUCACCUGCUAUUCCCUGACAGAAUUGAUGUGCUCAUGAAAGUAGACAAGAAGUACAAAAAGAAGAAGAAAAAGCAGCAGAAGAAGCAAAAACUGCGACAAUUUAAUGACCUCUGGGUUCGCCUUGAGGAAAGUGCUACUGAUCCUCCUCCGCGGAUCCGCAUCAUCAAUGGCUACAUCACUGUCGAGCCCCAGCCCCGGGGCCAUGGGCGGCCCAGCCGUGCUCGCACAGACGCCAGCAACGCUCACCAGAUUCCCCAUUCCCUCUGCCUUCCACUACUGACUUUGACUUUGUGUAAGAUAAUGCUUCCUUGAAACACAGGAGGAUCCAAGCUGCAAGACUCUUGCCUUAAAAAUCAAAAAAUGAAGUUUAUGCAAAAAAGAAAUAGAAGACUAUGAGUGGGAUACCUAUUCUUUGGGG